AUGGCCGUCGACAGUGGCCGGUGUCGCCCAGGAGGCGGACCGACCACAACCCUUGGAGGCCGCCCUCCCCCAGGAGAAAAGGGAAAGGAAAGGGCAAACAGGACAGCGGCAAAGAUGGUGCAGCCGCAGAUGGCAGCUCUCGUGCAGAAUUGCCGCAGCCUCCUGCCCUGCAAUCGUUGCCACAGCCACCGGUGGCCAAGUUGCAGGCCCAAAGCCCCGGCGCAGUCUGGACCCCCGACUACACCAGCUGCUUCGGAGGAAAAGAAGCUUAUCAUGGAGCUGAUGGCUUCCCUGCAGCCCGACCAGUUGCCACCGGAGCUGCAGAAGAGACUCAGUACCUUUGCUCGCGACGAGACCCACCAGCAAGGCAAGAAUAUGCACCGACUGGUGUCGGAGCAAACUCAGCUGCGCAAGCAGCUGGAGGCGCUGAGAGCAGACCGGGCAGUAUUUGCCUCCGCAUGGGAGCAAUAUGUGAUACAAUUGCUGGAUUUAUGGCAACAACAAGGCGAAGCGAGAAUGAAGGCCCUACAAGAUUUUGCGGCCCAGGAAGUGGACUUGGCCACCCGGUUGGCCUCGGCCACACAAGCCCUGUCGAAGGCUUCGGCAGCAGCUGCCGCGAACACGGAUGUUGGUCAGCCCGCCUACUUCAUCGACGACGACGACGAAGAGGACCAGGAUGCGAUGGCAACAACAGCUGCGGAAGUCGAGGCCGAAAUCACAGAGCGCAAUCGCAAAGCGCAGCAGAGCAUGCAGGAGCAGCAGCUGAAGAUGCAAGAGCUCCUCCAGCAGGCCAAACAAGAAGCCAGCGCGCACGCAGAGGAGGUUGCGGCCCACAGGGAAGGCAGCAGGACUCCACGGCGCCGCAGCAAGCAGUCCGAGCCAGGGCCGCAGCCAGAGAAGGAGAAGCCAUCCGGUGGUGCGCCCCCUGGCAAGGACUGGGAUUGUGUUACCCCCUUUUGGGGGCAAGUUUUGGCGGCGAACCUGCAGUUGGAGGUUACACUACAGGACCUUGCGCUUUGCUCCGGGUUCCCCACCGCUGAGGACCCCAGGCUUUACAGCGGAGGCGAUCCUUCUGUACCGAGCUUCUGGAGAGAUAUCGCGGAUGAGGAUGAGUUGCUGGAAAUGGCUUGCGGAAUUGACCAAUGUGACCGAUCCUUCCAGCCCUUCACGGUGAGCUGUGGGCAGCCCGUGAGUGCGGCAGAUGUGGAUGGGUCCCUUGAGUCUCAGGCGCAGGCCAUUUUCCAGCCACUCAUCGAUCGCUUUGUACCGAAAAGGCAGGCUCGGACUUUUUCCUCUGCCCUCCAUGUACAUAGCCACCCUGUACAGCUGCACUGCACAUUGUGGCCGGACCCCAGCACUCAACUCUUUAAUGCGUUGGUUAGAGAGUUGUCGAGAUGCCUCCGCCAGCCCCCAUGCAGCCACCUCGCCAGUUACAAGGUCGGUACCUGUCGAGCCUUGACUGGACCAUGCGACAGCCAGUUGCAAGAUCCCCUAUCGCAGCGCGUGCGGCCUGUUGCCAGCACCGCCUUCGUCCAGCCCACACCCGCACCUACACAAGGUCAGGCACAGGUGCAAGUUGGCCUCAAGCGUCACCAUCCCGGCGCGAUCGCAGAGCGCCCUCGGCCUGUCGCUAAGCCAUCUGAUAUUGCGUACAUGAGAGCUGCGCGAAUCAGCAUUGUGCCAGAGGGAUUCGACUACACGCAGCUCACCUGGCCAAGUGAGAGUCUGCCAUCGACGUGGCAAUCCCACGCUGAUGCCGCGGGUGAAAGACGCUACACCGUCUUCGAAGCAGGCGGUAGGCCGAGGACGCGACGAUGUGAAGCGGAAUGGCUACUCGAUGACAUGCUGGCCGAUGCCAUUGCCAGUUCGUCACAUGUCAUACGGACUGCACAGCUCAUAGAGCGUCCCAUGUUCGGGUUUCCGACACCGCAGAUUGUUGUCACUCAUGCAAGCUCGCCUGCUACGGCCCUGGCGGUUCCCUUCGAUUACCGCCGGACACACGGAUGGGUGAUCACGCUUCACGUGCUUCCCGUCGCCGCCCUCGAUGAUCUGCCAGCGCUUGGACCCACAGGCGCACCCAGGCCCACAGAGCUGACAGCUGAGGCAGGCGCACUCACUGCUCUGGCCGACUCGGCAGGUCGUCGGCAUGUUGUCAUCACACAGCCUCUUGCCAGAUACGAAUGGUUUGCCCCCGUUUUCGGUGAAGGGGAAGAGCAAACUGAGCACACAGAUGGGGUUGCCCCUGAAGGCAUCCCGCGUUUCUGGCAAGGGCCGCAUACGCAGCUUCGGGAUACUUCCACGACAACAACCACCACCACCAUAGACCCCGAGCUGCGAUCCCGGCCGGUGCGGAGGCCAAUGCACCUGACCAACACAGACUUGCUCCCCAGAGCAGUCGGCGAGGCCCCAGGUGCACACCUCCCGAUCCCUCGCCUCGGGCUCUUCUCUGCCUUACGCUAUGAAGCCAACGGGCGCCUCCCGUACCAUAUGCUAGUAAGAGGCGCAGCCCCGAUGCGAAUGAUUGCCACGACCUCCUGGACUCUCCUGGAUGUGUGCAGCCUUGCUGCCGACCAUGUGGAGGGCGGCGCAAAGCGUAUACAGGUCAUUACGUGCCCCAUCCCAGGCCUACUCCAGCCACAGGUAGUAGUUACGGACCAGGCUGUCGAUGCAGAUCACUACCUACUACCAGUCGAUCUUAGGACUGCACCAUGUGGGGAUGUCGUGCCGGUCCCUUUCCGAGCAGGUCUCGGGGUCUACGACAUGAUACAAGCGAUUAUCGAAGAGCUCCCGGACAGCCGAGAGUUCCUGGAGAGCGCCUACCAAACCGAAGGUCUUUACUUUCGCGACUGCAAUGGUGUUGUUGUUGAUCCCUUGCAGCAGCACCCCCUGGCAGCACAAUGGCUAGUGUUGUGUCGAGGCCCUCCGCCUUUCCCCCAGAACAGGAUGCAGAGCGUUGCCAGUACAACGACGACCACUGCCAUCUGUGAGCCCCAGAACACCACCCACACCACCACUGCGAUUGCAUGUCAGCCUAAAUGGCCCCUCACAGCCCCGCCCGAGCCUGCCGAGCCCCCCGCACUGCUCACCAAAAGCCACAGAGCGGCCGACCCGAAGGCCGAUCAAUGCGUAGCUCCCUCGAUGGAGCCAGCACUGCUUCCUGCCUACCUCUGCGACAGUCGCUUUCAGACAGGGCCCGCCUGUGUCUUUUCUUGGGGCCGAGACGUGCAUGUGGCCAAUCGGGAACUGUUCACUGUCUUUGAUGUCGAGAGACACUGGACAGUACAGCGACGUGCCAGAGAAGACUCCCUGCACAGCAUUGUACAGGCCGCAGUCAGCAUGGCACCCUUCAGGAUUCGCAGUGUGCAAAUUCUCACAGUUCCUGUGCCUGGCCUCCCGCGGCCGCAGCUAGUCCUCAGCAGAGCCCGAGACCCGUUCAACCUCGUGCCGAUUCCUUGGGAUGCUAGGCCCAUAGGUGGGGACAUUAGGACAAUAGGUCACCAUGCGGGCGAGAACGCACUGGUGUUCUCUGACAAGGUGCAGCAGGCCCACCCUGACUUGCCACACCUCAAGUCCGACAUCCUCACAGAACAAGUGGUUGUGCUUGAUGCUCUAGGCUUCGUUGGAGCUACACUCCCCGCAGACCUCGAGCAAGUACAGCACUUCAGAGUUGAAGGCAGCGCCGCGGCCUUCUUUGGGUUUGCGCUAAGCACAUUUGGAGGGCCAGUCGCCUUCGCUGACUACGGAAGGGCACCGUCUUCAACAAGCACGACCACUCCGCAGGGCGCACCGCCCGAUUGCGUCUAUCGGCUCACUGUCAUCUGGGGCACAUGUGUGGCGUAUGAUGAUGUCCGCCCCCCUUGCCACCAGCUAGACACUAUUUUGCGCCGCUUGAUUCUUGAAGUCUUUGCCUGCAGCCCCCGGAGCAGCCCUGCACAUGACCUCUUUCUGGCUCUAGCGAAGGAACAGCCCCCUCCACGGGAUGGCGUGCAAGAGGUCCUUUUCGUCAUACUCGGUCCCGGUUACGAUUCAUGCCCCACAGUCAUCGUAGAUGAAAGAGACAACGGUCAGGCGCUGCAUGCCACCGUCCUCUCACACCAGGCGAGGUGCAAUGCCCUGGUCCACCCACAGUGGCGCAACGUCGGAAUCAGCAUCGUCGUGAAUGCGGCCCCAGGUGCCCUCGCCUGCCGGAACGCUCUGACCGGCGACUACUUGCAGUUCAUGGACAGUUACAGCAGGCCGGCAUCAUUCCCCGUUGCCGCUCUGUUUGAAAUAAUACCGCUCCUAAUGCCCUUCGCGUGGCCACUUUACAUAGGCGAAGGCACCAGGUGCAUGGACAUCGAGCAUGCGGCCCGGCAAAGACGCAGGCAACAGGGCCUAUGGAGACACGAAGAGGGCUCCUGCCUCAUCUUAGGAGCCACGCACGGGCCGGUAUGCCUACGCCUAGGCAUACCAGUCGUCCCUGACAGGAAUGAGGCAGCACAAGGCGUCGCCGGCUUAGAUGCCACCUGCCCGAUCCAUCGCACCACGCUGUGCGAAACCACGCUCAUCGAGCCGGGGAAGGCGACAUUCAUCACCACCCUGCCCAACUCCCCGUGCAAAAGCAUACUCAUACCACAUGUUGACUGCAUGCGACACCAGAUGAUCCUUCUGGUGCUCGAGCAAGCGAUCCAGGUCGGACCGCUUCCAGUGGCCCCAGGUUCGUUGUGCCGGAGGCCACCCAGAGAGUGGAGGGACGGAGACGUGAUUGAGGUCGUCUCCAUCGCAGACUCCGCCGUCCCCGAGUACGAAAGGCUCGCGGCCGCUCAAUACCCGCACGCAGUUCCCGUAUGCCCCCCUACAGACAGCAGCCUUGCACAGCCACCGCGCAUACCGACGCUUACAGUGGCACGCUCUGACGCGCCAGCUGCUCUGCAUGUAGGAUGGGCUAGAAUAUCUGCGCCGACAUCUCUGCCUGCAGACAAUACGACGGCCGAAGGCGGCGCCAGUGGCAGCCUGAGUCUGCUCCAGGUCAAAGCUAGCGUCAACAAAAAGACAAUCCCAGCAGAGCCAGGCCAGGGCAAGUCAGCUGCAGCAACCAUGGAGGCGCACUGGCACGAAGGGCGUUGCGGCAGCCACUGCAUCCCCACGCCCUUUGGGCGACGUACAGUUGCACUCAGCAGCGUACUUCCCCACACUGCCAGCCCUGUGGCUCGCAUUGCACCGGCUGCGUCCGACCAACUACAAGCCGAAGCACCGCAGCAUGCGUUAGGCACUACGCCCGUGCCGACCAUACCUUCCCUUGCCGAAUGGGGCGACGCAUGGAUCAGUACCCCACCAGGUACGUAUCAAGGCGCCGCCCAACACCUGCUUCAGGCCAGAGACCCCCCAGGGACGUGGACCCCACAAGCAAUACAUGUAUAUACUGACGGGUCUGCCGGAGGCGGCGCAGCGCCGGGAUGGGCCGUCACCAUUUUCGAACUCUGUACGAAUGGGGCAGAAUAUUGGGAGAACUUCCUGGGGUGUUUCGCCGGUUCCUGUCAGGCGUUUGCCAAGCGAGCGACGGCCGCCGCUGAGCAUAACAUAGACGCCGAAACCGCAGCCUUAGCGGUGGCCACGGUCUGGGCGGCAGCGUGGCCGCCAAAUGUGCCAAUCUGCGUCUGGUGCGACUGUGAAACAGUAGUGCACGUUGCACAGGGCCGUGCGGACGCUCACCAUCCAGGCCGCACCACGCAAUUGCUUCGAUCAUGCCGGCAGCUCUGGCAACUGCUGGAAAGACGUGCCGUCCCAGCACGCCUCCAAUGGGUAGCCGGACAUGCUGGAGUGCCUGGAAACGAACUUGCAGAUCAGGUGGCAAAAAGGGCCUGUCGAGAAAGCAUGCCCCCGCUGCCCGACGCCUUCUACAGUUUCCUACAGCAUCCGGGGCUGCCGUGGCUAUGGCAUGCAUUGUACCCAUCAGCGGCGCUGCCAAAGCUGGAUCGGCUGCAAUGCUGCGGCUACGAAUCUGCAGACCCUGUGCCCCCGCACUGCUUCCCGAAACCUACCCUCGACGCAGGCACAGGCGAGGCCGAGCAUCAAUCACUGCUACUCUGCACCUACAACGCACAGACGAUGCUCAAAAAGAAAGAGCUCUGCCGCACCCAGUUCCGGGCCAAAGGAAUACACAUCGCAUUCCUUCAAGAGACACGAAUAAGAGCCGGUGGCAUCUGCACUGCGGCAGACUACAUCACGGUCAGCAGUUCUGCUGCCCAUGGCCAAGGCGGCUGCAGCAUUUGGGUGGCGGCCUCUCUCCCGGGCUGCCACGUCAAGGCCAAUCACAUCAAGGUGAUCCACCAGGAUCCCCGCAUCCUGUUGGCCCGCCUAUGCACCUCUAAGCUUGAUUGCUUGCUGCUGUCCGCGCAUGCGCCGCACUCAGGCGCGCCAGCGCCCGAGAAAGAGCAAUGGUGGGAGCGGCUCAACAGCCUCCUCAAAAAGCACUACACUCAGAGCAUCCCGCUGCUCGCUGGCGUCGAUGCCAACGCGCAGGUUGGUGAAAUAGAAAGCCCUGCCGUUGGCAACCAUGCGGCUGACGAGGAGACUGUCAACGGCACCAGCCUGCGUGAACUGUGCGACAGCUACAGCCUCGCCCUUCCCACGACUCUUUGUGGGUGGGACGGCACUGCCCGGCAAACCGACCCAAACGCGUACACCUGGGUGGCACCCAAUGGUGCCAAGUAUAGGAUCGACUACAUCCUAAUACCACAGCCCUGCCUGGAUGCUGUCGAGGCCAGAGGAGUGUGGCAUGCAUUUGAGACCGGCGGUCCUGAUGACCAUUUUCCUGUUCUCACCCGCCUACGUCUGCGUGCCAGAGGAGAUCGCGCCAACUCCCUCAAUUACCCGCGACUGCACUUCAAGAGAGCCCAAGACGUGUGGGAGUCUCCGUGUGACUUCACCCAAGUCUUCCAACAAGCGGCCCAAGUCCCAUGGAGUGUCAACAUCCAUGAGCAAGUAAGCGGGCUGGACAACCUUGUCUGGAAAGAAGCAGCACAGGCCCCACGGCAUAAAAAGCCCUCUAAGAAGUACCUGAGCGCAGAGGCCUGGCAAUGCAUCCUGGCGCGAAAGGCGGCCAAGGCCUGUGUCAAACGAUGCGCCGACAGGUAUCGAAGGAUGCAACUCAGUGCCGUCUUCAGAGCCUGGAAGCGAAUGCCACAUCGCCCACGAUGCCAGGCUGCGGACGCUUCCGACGAGUACCGCAGGAUAGAUGAAGCCAGGCAGCACCUCGAGACAGCCCUAGAUGCCUACAGAGCCCUUCUGCCCGCCCUCAGACAUUGCAUCGAAAUGUCCAAGGCCCAGUACCUGACAGGACUGGCGCAGGAGUACGAGGAGGCUGCAGGUGCUAAAGACACGCAUGCCCUCUUUGCAGCGUUGCGCUUUUUCCGUCCCGCAGGCAAAAAGGUCUUCAAGCCCUUUGGGCCAGCUGCUAUCCUACAGGAUGAAGAAGGCCGAGCAGUCUCCACCUACGCAGAACAGCAGGAGGUACACCGCAGGCAUUUCCAGGCACAGGAGGCAGGCGAUGCCACUACGGCAGAAGCAUACUGUGCCCAGUCUGGCCCCCCGCAGCCUGAAGGUACGGCAUCCCUCGCCGACCUUCCCACGCUGUCGGAGGUCGAAGCCAUUAUACGAAGCGCUGCCGACGGCAAGGCCCCAGGACCCAGCGGUGUGCCGAGCUGUAUAUGGAAGUCGGACCCACCGACUGCAGCGCUUGCACUGCUACCCAUAUACAUCAAAAGCCACAUCCGGCUGACUGAACCGGUCCAGUACCGUGGCUGCCGCUUGGUCGCGAUGCUUAAAAAGUUAGGCCAGGCAGUGCAGGCUGCGCAUUUCCGCUCUAUCGCACUUUUCGAUGCGACAGCCAAAUUUUACCACCGACUGCAUCGCAGCAGGUUGGUCAGCGAACUACAGGACAACAACCUCCCCCUGCUCCAAGGAUGCGUCCCUGGCAGUGGGCCAACGGCGCUCACCCAUCUCCUGAACACCCAUCUAGGCAUCGCACGCCAUAGGAAAGAAGCGGCAGCGAUACUCUUCCUUGACCUGCGUGCUGCCUACUACCGGCUGAUCAGACAGGCGGUGACGGGCGAAAUCACUACGGACCAAGAGUUGUGCCUUCUCCUCGAUCGCAUGGGGAUACUGCCGGAACACGUCGACGAAGUCGCCAGGUUUGCUAAUGCCGGUGGACUCUUGAAAUCCGCCAGUCCGCAUUUUCGCAAAGUCCUUGCCUGCUCCUUUCAUGCUACAUACUUCGUCGUGGACGGCUCUGAGACGGUCACGAGCACCAGAAUUGGGUCGCGCCCGGGAGACUCUAUUUCGGACGUCCUGUUUGGCCUGGCCGUUGCAGACCUUCAUAAGGCCGUUCGUGCCGCGCUUGCAGGUGAAGGUAUUCAGGACCAGCAUCUUCCCACCUGGGCCGAUGACAUCGCUCUGCCCAUCAAGGCGGCAGCCCCCAGACUCCUUCCAAUGGCCCAACUUGUGGCAGCCACCCUGCACAGAGAAUGCAAGAAUAGGGGAAUGGAGCCUAACUACGAUAGGGGAAAAACCGAGCUGCUUACGGUGUUGCACGGAGAGGGAGCGCUAAAAGUGAAGAGGGCUCUGUUCCGUACCGGGCAGGCAGAGCUGACACUGCCGACAACCCCACCGGUUUCCCUCGCAUGCGUCACUCAAUAUAAGCAUCUCGGCACAUUACUGCGGUCGACAGGCAAGGCAAGGCAAGACCUGAGGCAGAAAUUUGCGGCGGCACAAGCCGUUACCUCACCGUUGGCCAAGCCUGUGUUUCGACGCCGCACCGUCCCCCUGCCGCAUAGGGCGACGCUGUUGGACACGCUAGCAAUGACCCGGGCCACGUACGGCGUAGCCAUCUGGCACAACCUUACAUGUGCAGAGGAAGAAGCCUGGACCCAAGGCAUCGCACACAUCUACAGGGCCCUGCACAGACCACGACUUGUGGAUGGCUCCCCGCGCUUCCCCGAUGCACCAGAGCUCUGUCACAUGUCGGGAAGGCCGCAGGCUCACAUCCAGCGUCAUCUCCUACAGCUAGAGCACCUCCGAGCCAUCGGCGCCCAAAACCAAGAAGCACUGCUGGACGCCCUGCGUGAGGAGGCAGGCCUCACCGAGUCCUCCUGGCUCGCCGAGGCGCAGCAGGCCUUCGAAUGGCUAGCCAGCAUCCUCGGAGACACUAUGGCCCGUCAUGGAGUCGACAGCGCUAUGCGUUACAUCGAGCACAGCGCCGCCUUUCCUGGACAAGUGCGGAGCUGGAUCCAGAAAGGUAAACGCGCCGCUGCAAAACAGAAGCCGUGUCGACCAGAUGAAGGCCACGAUGCCCUGCCACAGCCUGCCCAGGCUGUUGCCGUGUAUCGAUGCGAGUGCUGUCCUGCAACCUUCCCCACCCUUCAGAAAGUCAGAGCACACAUGUGGGGACAGCACAAGCACAACACGCUCCUUGCCGACCUGGCACCAGCCACAAGAUGCCCAUGCUGCCUUACUGAGUUUUGGUUGCAUAAGAGGCUCCUCCGACAUCUAGCACAUGACAGCCCCUACUGCGGCCACCAUGUGCUGGCUGUGAGCUCUCCCUCCGCUACCAGAGCGCAGGCGCCAAAGGCCAAGGAAGACACACUCCCCAAAGACACCCUCCCAGCCAUUCGCGUUGCAGGACCAUUGCCUCCCUGUAAGGACGACUGGGUGUCUGCUGAGCAGCUAUACCGCAUGCAAUCUUUUUUCGAAGAUAGCGGCAGAGGCACCGUAGACCCGGUACAUGCUGCACAGCGUUCCCUGUCCGAGUAUGCCUGCGCGAACGCGGCUACUCGCGACGCUUUCCUCGAGUCGCUGGGGCCCGAGACAAUCCCUUUCUUUCAGGCAGUACACGCAACUGACGAACUGCCCU